AUGACAUUCCCUUAUGACUCUAGAUGUAUUACAAUUCAAGACUUUUGUACUUCUAAUACUACAAAAGGACAUUCUAUUGGAGUGAUGGAUAUGUUAGUUGAUCGAGAGUUAUCAAAUCAAUUAAAUGUAGAAAAACUUUCUGAAGUGAAACCUGAAGAACCAAAAGAAGAAAAGAGACAAGCAAAAACUAAAAGUUCAAAAGUUGGUAUAAUUAAUGUGUUUCAGCCUCAAUCCACUCCAAGAAUGACAGGAGAAUUAAAAGCUACUGAAGAGAUGAUGAAACGCAAAAUGGCAAAGACAACAAAUGGAAGUUUCUUAGGUUCAAGUAAAUAA